AUGACUUCUCAAACCCCCACUGCCUCUCCGAAAGAUCCUAUUGCUGAUCUACGGAACUUCCGAUCGCUUUCCGUUAGUGGAUCUAAAAUAAAUGGUGCGAGUCUGGAGUGGACUAAUGUCGACUUCAGUAUAAAGGACAAGAAGAUUCUCAUUGACUGCACUGGAAUGGUGCGUCCAGGAGAGCUCACAGCUGUUCUUGGUCCCUCCGGCUCUGGCAAGUCCACAUUGAUGAACGUUUUGGGUGGACGACAGAGCCUACGUGGGGACGGCAGAACUUUUGACGGUGAAAUCUCCUUCAACGGCAAGGUUCAAGAUCCUUUCAAUUUCCGAAGUCACAUAGCGUAUGUCAUGCAAGAUGAUCAUCUUACUGCCACUGCUACCCCGAGGGAGAUCCUGGAGAUGUCAGCCCGUCUGAGGAUGCAUGAUCAGAGCAAAGCUGAAGUCGAAGCUUUGGUCACGGAUCUCCUCGAUUCGUUGAAGUUGACUUCGUGUGAAAGUACCGUGGUGGGUAACGAAGUGAUCAGAGGCAUUUCCGGUGGCGAGCGAAAGCGCACGUCGGUCGGGAUGGAGCUCAUCUCCAAGCCGCAGAUGAUAUUCCUUGACGAACCUCUCUCUGGCCUCGAUUCUUAUGCUGCUGUAACUACUAUGAAAGUUCUCAAGGACCUGGCUCGGUCAGGUGUAGCCGUGGUGGUAACAGUCCAUCAACCAUCGAGUGAGAUAUACUCUAUGUUUGAUAACACUCUGGUUAUUUGCAGUGGUAGAAUGGUGUACUUGGGCUCGACUGCCGAUCUCAAAGCCUUCAUCCAGGAUAGUACAUCGAAANNNNUGAUUAUUUUCUAUGCUUUUAAAAGAGCUGUUAUGACUUCUCAAACCCCCACUGCCUCUCCGGAAGAUCCUAUUGCUGAUCUACGGAACUUCCGAUCGCUUUCCGUUAGUGGAUCUAAAAUAAAUGGUGCGAGUCUAGAGUGGACUAAUGUCGACUUCAGUAUAAAGGACAAGAAGAUUCUCAUUGACUGCACUGGAAUGGUGCGGCCAGGAGAGCUCACAGCUGUUCUUGGUCCCUCCGGCUCUGGCAAGUCCACAUUGAUGAACGUUUUGGGUGGACGACAGAGCCUACGUGGGAACGGCAGAACUUUUGACGGUGAAAUCUCCUUCAACGGCAAGGUUCAAGAUCCUUUCAAUUUCCGAAGUCACAUAGCAUAUGUCAUGCAAGAUGACCACCUUACUGCCACUGCUACUCCGAGGGAGAUCCUGGAGAUGUCAGCCCGUCUGAGGAUGCAUGAUCAGAGCAAGGCUGAAGUCGAAGCUUUGGUCACGGAUCUCCUCGAUUCGUUGAAGUUGACCUCGUGUGAAAAUACCGUGGUGGGUAACGACGUGAUCAGAGGCAUCUCCGGCGGUGAGCGAAAGCGCACGUCGGUUGGUAUGGAGCUCAUCUCCAAGCCGCAGAUGAUAUUCCUUGACGAACCUCUCUCUGGCCUCGAUUCUUAUGCUGCUGUAACUACUAUGAAAGUUCUCAAGGACCUGGCUCGGUCAGGUGUAGCCGUGAUGGUAACAGUCCAUCAACCGUCGAGUGAGAUAUACUCUAUGUUUGAUAACACUCUGGUUAUUUGUAGCGGUAGAAUGGUGUACUUGGGCCCGACUGCUGAUCUCAAAGCCUUCAUCCAGGAUAGUACAUCGAAACAGUGUCCAUCUGAUUACAACCCGGCUGACUUCGUCCUCUCUGAGCUCCAAACCGCGUCUGAGGAAGAGAUAGAGAAACUGGCUGCAACCUAUAAAAAGAAGGCCCAAGUCAGAAUCAUACCUGGCAUAAAAGCGUCUAGGGCGAAAGGCGACGAUGCUCCACCGUUGAGGGCAAAGUCUAGGCCAUCUAGUAUGACGGUGCAGUUGACGGAGCUUUUCCUUCGUGAUGCCAGGGACACGUUCCGUAACAAGCCAGUACUCAUUGCUCGAUAUAGCGUUCUUAUCAUCCUCAAUCUCCUCUUUGGUUGUGUAUUCUUCGAUGCUGGCUCUACCCAAAGUGAGGACUAUUGGCUGACUAACGUUGACAAGUUCAUCCCUUACUAUGGUGGUAUGGUUACUGUCUGUAUAUCUGCUAUGAUGGGGUCGGCUCAAGCGACCAUCUUGCACUUCCCUGAGCAACGUGGUAUCUUUCUCAGGGAGUAUGCCAGCAAUAUGUACUCCACCAUUCCUUAUACGAUCGCCAAGAUGAUGGUUGAGUUCCCAUUAUCUCUUCUCGACUCCAUUGUACAAGUCCUCAUUGCGUACUAUAUGAUGAACUUCCAAGGCAGCAUAUUCUACUGGUUCCUCAUAUCAUGGGUUAUGAAUGAAUAG